GUACAAAUAAAAAAGAGUAAUUUUGAUGGCUUUAGGUUUGGAGCAAGAGGAGGUGGAGGUCUACCUCCAAAGAAAUUUGGUAAUCCUGGGGAACGUUUGCGCAAAAAGAAAUGGGACCUGAGUGAGCUGCCAAAGUUUGAGAAGAACUUUUAUGUGGAACACCCUGAAGUGGCCAGGCUUACCCCAUAUGAGGUUGAUGAGCUGCGUCGGAAGAAGGAGAUUACAGUGAGAGGGGGAGAUGUUUGUCCUAAGCCAGUGUUUGCUUUCCAUCAUGCUAACUUUCCCCAGUAUGUGAUGGAUGUGUUAAUGGAUCAGAACUUCACAGAACCAACUCCAAUUCAGUGCCAGGGAUUUCCAUUGGCUCUUAGUGGCCGAGAUAUGGUGGGCAUUGCUCAAACCGGCUCUGGGAAGACUUUGGCGUAUUUGCUGCCUGCAAUUGUUCAUAUCAACCAUCAGCCAUAUUUGGAGAGAGGGGAUGGCCCAAUUUGCCUGGUUCUGGCUCCCACUCGAGAAUUGGCCCAGCAAGUACAGCAAGUAGCUGAUGAUUAUGGCAAAUGUUCUCGGUUGAAGAGUACUUGUAUAUAUGGUGGUGCUCCAAAAGGUCCCCAGAUUCGAGAUUUGGAGAGAGGUGUUGAAAUCUGCAUAGCUACUCCUGGCCGCCUGAUAGAUUUUCUGGAAUCUGGAAAAACCAAUCUUCGCCGCUGUACUUACCUUGUAUUGGAUGAGGCUGACAGAAUGCUUGAUAUGGGGUUUGAGCCUCAGAUCCGAAAGAUUGUGGACCAAAUCAGGCCUGAUAGACAGACCUUAAUGUGGAGUGCCACCUGGCCAAAAGAGGUUCGACAACUGGCUGAGGAUUUCCUUCGUGACUACACCCAGAUCAAUGUAGGGAAUCUGGAACUGAGUGCCAACCACAACAUCUUGCAAAUUGUGGAUGUUUGCAUGGAAAGCGAGAAAGACCACAAAUUGAUCCAGCUGAUGGAGGAAAUAAUGGCUGAAAAAGAAAAUAAGACCAUAAUCUUUGUGGAGACAAAGAGACGAUGUGAUGAUCUAACUCGAAGGAUGCGCAGAGAUGGAUGGCCAGCUAUGUGUAUUCAUGGAGACAAGAGUCAACCAGAAAGAGAUUGGGUACUGAAUGAAUUCCGUUCUGGGAAGGCUCCCAUCCUCAUUGCUACGGAUGUAGCCUCUCGUGGGCUAGACGUCGAGGAUGUUAAGUUUGUCAUCAACUAUGACUAUCCCAACAGCUCUGAGGAUUAUGUGCACCGCAUUGGCCGGACAGCUCGGAGCACCAACAAAGGCACCGCCUACACCUUCUUCACCCCAGGAAACUUAAAACAAGCUAGGGAACUGAUCAAAGUAUUAGAGGAGGCCAAUCAGGCGAUCAACCCAAAACUGAUGCAGCUGGUGGACCACAGAGGCGGUGGUGGAGGAGGGGGUGGUCGAUCUCGGUACCGUACCACCUCUUCAGUCAACAAUCCCAAUCUGAUGUACCAGGAUGAAUGUGACCGCAGGCUUCGAGGAGUUAAAGAUGGUAGCCGGAGAGACUCUGGAAGCUAUCGUGAUCGAGGAGAUACGGACAGAGCUGGUUACGCUAAUGGUAGUGGCUAUGGCAGUCCCAAUUCUGCCUUUGGUGCUCAAGCAGGUCAAUAUACCUAUGGCCAAGGCACCUAUGGGGCAGCUGCUUAUGGCACCAGUGGCUACACAGCUCAAGAAUAUGGGGCUGGCACCUAUGGAGCUAGUGGUACCGCCUCAGCUGGGAGAAGCUCUCAGAGCUCCAGCCAGCAGUAUAGUGGCUUGGGCCGGUCUGGGCAGCAGCCACAACCUCUGAUGUCUCAGCAGUUCCCACAGCCUCCUGGGGCUACUAACAUGAUAGGUUACAUGGGGCAGGCUGCCUACCAGUAUCCUCCCCCUCCGCCUCCCCCUCCUCCCUCCCGAAAAUGAAGCCACUCAGGUGGUGGUGAGACUUGUCCAGACCUCUUACAUUUAAAGGAGCUCUCUUUCCUUUUUUCUUUCUUCACUUUUUUUUUUUCUUUUAACCAUUGUGAUUUGUCUUUCAUGCAGGUUAGUUAGAAUUCCACUGCCAGAUUUCUUCUGCCCGCCAAAAAUGAUCCAGUCCAUAUUAGAAAUUUUGUAAAAAUAAAUAGCUGACUGGAAAUGUUCCCCCCCUCCCUUUUUUCUCCAACUUCUUGCAUGUUGAGGAAAUUUGAGCUGAGCUUUUUUUCUUUUAAAAGGGAAAAAAAUGGACAUUGGGCAGUUCAGUUGUAUUCCCCCCCCCUUUUUUUUUUUAACAUUGUCUAAGUUUAGGAGUUGGGCGGGAGGAAGAUUUUGCAGUGUAAUACAGGAGAGUAUAGCAUUCAUGCUUUCAUGUACUCAUUUGGUGUGGGUACAGGAAGAGCAUGCAGAGCUUUUGCUAUGAUCUAAAUUCUCUGAAAAUAGCCUUGGAGUUGAGUUCUUAUAAUGGAUGAUGGGCACUGUUACUAAGCUCACAUGUUUAAGGUAUGUUUAUUUUACUUGGUUGAUUGCCUGUUAAACAUUUCAAGACAAUCAAAUUCAAAUUGGAUUGGGUAUUUAACUCUGCCCCCUCUCACCUCCCUGGAAAGUCGGCUGUAAUGUGUCUGCUUUUCUUACUUGAGAAGCAACCGUUGAUGGUCAGCCAUAAUGUCAUGGAAAUUAGAUUGCUGAGAAUCUGGAUUUAACUAUGCCAGAAAUACAAGCUGGUGUUUAACAUGAAUGUCUUUAAUUUUUAAAACCCUGAGUAUUUUCUGUGAUGGUUAAAGUAUAGCAUCUCAGCAGCUGGGUGGGAGCUGCUUCAAUCUUCCUCAUAUUGCCAGGGACCAUCUGUGAAAGUCAGUUUCCAUCCAGACAGCUGCUGCAGGCAAGAUAGACAGAAAGGUCCAAUGGAAGCAACACAGAUUUUUAUCAACUAAUUCCAUGCAUUUACCUUAAGAAGAAUAUAAAGUACCUUUAAUUGCAGAGAAUUUUCUGAAUCUCAGUGCAAUGAACAGGGUUUUUCUAGUAACAUCAGUGUUUACAGAGCUAGGGCUGAAGUCCUUUUAUCCUAUCAUCCUUUUAUCUUUUUACCCACAAGGGAUUAGGCCGAGCUGUUCUGAGUUCAUUGAUUUUUAAACUUCCCUUAUACUUUCUCAAGACUAUCACUGAGCUUCUGGGUCUAGCUCUCCAGGAUCCUCUUGUGCUCAGUUUUUACAGGUAGGUAGUAUUUUAGGGCAAGGUUAGCAAAGACUGGAACCAUAAGCAUUUUAAUUGGCUCUUUCUCCAUCGGAAGGUAGGUGAGUGUUUCCCGUUUGUAGUUAAGCAUGUUGUCUGUUCUCUAAUGUGACUUUGUUUGGCAGAUGGGCCAGGAACAACAGAUCCUGGAUAAAUUCCCUGCCUUUGUUUCACGUAAUUUCUCAUCUCUCCCUAACUAGUUUGACAUCCUUUUGCAAAAGCAGCAGAACCCCAAACACCUCUCCCAAAGGCCAGUGAGAGAGGUUCUGUUUGGUUAUUGUGGGCAGUUCCGGGAAUUGUUCAGGCUCAGUGGGCCGAAUUUCUUCUGCUGGAGGAGUGUACUUGUUGAUUGAUAAGAUCUGGGUUUGGCACCCUCCCCCCAACCCCUCUCCCAUUUUGAUUUUUGUUAAUGUUUUCAGGAUUCUUUAGGGGGGAGUAAAAGGGGGAGGCAGGGUGGUCCUCUUGAGGGCUUCCGAAGGUCUGGUUAAGUGUGCGACAUACAGGUAGGUUGUUAGCAUAAGCUGGAAUUCUGUGCAUGUAAGCUGUUUGACAUUCAUAUUUCCUUUUUCUCCCCUGACCCUUCAUCUCUCUCUUUCUCUGCCCCUCUCUUUUUCCCUUCUAUUGUAAAAGUUGAGGCUAUAGGGUGGGAGGUGGGAAAAGGCACUUAUUACUGUGGCGGUUUGCCCUGUGUGUGCUAUGUAUCUUAAAACCCAGGUCCCCAAAGAACUUCUGCUGUCUAAGCUCUGAUGAGUCUGUUGUAGGUGUUUUCUUCUCUCAAACAGAUGUGAAAUUGUUCACCUAUGAGCUAUCAUGCAGAAGAACACCAGGGAGGUAGUGUGCCCUCUCACAGCUCUUAAAAUUGGCUGCUAAUGAGAAGGGUCUCUUGGCACUUGAGACAGCAUUUAGUUUGCUCUUGCUUCAUUGUAAAAUGAGAUUAACAGCACAUCUGCAAAGCUAUUGCAGCUUCUGUGUCAUCCUGAGCAUCAGCCUCUCAUGUCCUCCUCAUGCCUUUGGCUCAAAACGCAGAUUCCAACCGCUGUUCACUUCAGUACCUAUUCAGAAGGACCUAACUGCAAUUGAUUUGUAUCAUUGAAACCCUUUUGGGGGGAGGGUGUUAAUGUGGAGUCAUGGCUUACUUCUGACCCCUCCCUGACUUUUCACUGUGUGGACUUCUCUAACUGAAGGGUCAGUGGCUUUCAUUCAUGCCCUUGCUGGUCUCCGAACACAUUCCUGUUGCAUUAAGACUUGAAAGAUUCAUAGAUGUGUAAUGUUCAGGCACAGGAUAUUAAAAGCUAUGUUACUAUUCUUAGUUUGUAAAUUGUCUUUUGAUACCAUCUUGUUUUCUUUUGUAGGUAUAAAUAAAAACACUGUUGACAAUAAAAA